GGAGCACCGUUCGGCGGUGUUGCAGAGAUGUCCAUCCCCGCUGUCUGCUGCUGAACACGGAACUCAACUCGCUGCUGCAUCUCUGAAGGGGGACGAGGUUUAAUCCUAAGGAGAAGACUUGAUCGUACCUGGACUGACGGGUGGUGUAGUCGCCUUCAAUCAUGUUCCGCUUGCGGGCUCUGUCCGCAGUCUCAGUGGGACUGACCCAGCUGUCCCGCCGCUAUCACAGCGGGGCGGCCAGCACAUCUGGCCAGAGGAGGCUGAUGCUGGCCGCUCUGGCUGGUGUAACUGGUGCGUCUGCGAGUGCUGGACUUCUCUGGAACAGAGCAUAUGCUGAUGCAGGACCUUCUGUUCAACACUCUGAGCGAGUGGCUGGAGAGGAAGCCGAUUUCGUGAGGGACGCAGACUCUGAGAAAUCGGUGGAGUCCAGCAGCGGAGACGAGGGAGCGCAAGACGAAGAGGGGAAGAAGAAGAAACCCCGCUCAGGAUUCCGUGACCGCAAGGUGAUGGAAUAUGAGAACAGAAUCAGAGCGUACUCGACUCCAGACAAGAUUUUCCGCUAUUUCGCCACUCUGAAGGUCAUCAACGAGCAAGGGGAUGCUGAGGUCUACAUGACCCCACAGGACUUCAUCCGCUCCAUUACACCCAAUGAGAAGCAGCCUGAGAAUCUCGGCCUGGAUCAGUUCAUUGUAAAACGCUAUGAUGGGAAGGACUUCUGGCAGACGGAGAAAAUUGCCCAGGAGAGAGAGAAGUUUGCAGAUGAGGACAGCAUAUUUUACACAUUAGGAGAAUGUGGUCUUAUCUCCUUUUCUGACUACAUUUUCCUCACUACAGUGCUGUCCACUCCCCAGAGGAACUUUGAGAUUGCUUUCAAGAUGUUUGACCUGAAUGGCGAUGGAGAAGUGGACCUGGAGGAAUUUGAACAGGUCCAGAGCAUCAUUCGAUCCCAGACCAGCAUGGGCAUGCGGCACCGUGACCGCUCCACCACAGGAAACACUCUGAAAACGGCCGGCUGCAGCUCUGCUCUCACCACUUAUUUCUUUGGAGAGGACCUGAAGGGAAAACUCACUAUUGGCAGCUUUCUGGAGUUUCAGAGGAAACUGCAACACGAUGUGCUCAAACUAGAGUUUGAGAGGAACGACCCGGUGGACGGCAGGAUCACGGAGAGGCAGUUUGGAGGGAUGCUGCUGGCGUACAGCGGCGUCCAGUCACGGAAACUCAAGCAGAUGCAGAAGGGCUUGAAGAAGAUGUUUAAGGAUGCACAGGGAAUCACUUUUGAGGAGGUGGAGAAUUUCUUUACCUUUCUAAAGAACGUGAACGAUGUGGACACAGCACUUAGUUUCUACCACAUGGCUGGAGCUUCAAUAGAUAAAGACUGCAGCUGUGAGCACAUUUAAAUCCAGGACCUGCUUCUGCACACAUGACAGACGACUUCCUGCAGUACAGGUUACUGAUUCCCACCGACACAUGGCGGCAUCCUCAUGGGUCGUUGCACGGUGGAGGGGGGCAGUCCUGAGGCAUAAAUAUGUGGUCUCCCUCAGAAAACACCAGGAGUACUCCUUCUAAGGAUGCUUAAAAAUUUAAAAGAAAUUCAUCUCUUGUUGCAUUUAUUAGUCUCAUGCUUAAAAAAUAGGUAUAUAUACUUUAAUCUGAGCACAUUUAUUUAGUGGAGAGUGUACACCACUUUACCACAAUCUGUAUAAAAUAGAUGAAACUGAAGCAUUUUUAAAUAGUAUUCUUUGAUCAAAAAUUCAAUGUUUCUAGAAAGUUUCAUCAACUUAAAAAACAAUGACUUCUUGUUUAUCUACGGUCUAAACAUGACCCGACACAGAUGCCCCCAUUUUUUCAAAACUUGGAAAAAAGACACAAUUUCAUAUGACGGCAUGGCAACAGAGUAGAAAGAGAAGAAGGAAGUUCAAACCUCAUUUUUUCCAUCAAUCAAAUGGGAAAAGUUCAAAUCCACGACUCAGUUUUUAUAUCCGGCUUUCUAACCGCAUGAUCAAAGAUUUAAAGAGGAGUGGCAAAAGGAAGUGAGGUGCAUUAGCAGUACUUGCUAACAACUGAUGGUUUCAUCCAGGACAUGGAACUGUAGAAUAUCUUCUCUGCUGCAUUGAAAUUGAGAUGUUAGGUUGUCAGCAACAUUCCUCAGACAGAGGCUUCUUCAGAUUUGUUGCAAGACUGACUGCUAGGGGAGGUCCUUCCUGCCCACAGCAUCACCUUCCACGGCGACUCUGAAGAUACUUGGAUGAUACUAGUUACAACAUUUAAUUUCUCUUUGGGAUAAGUAAAGUAUUUUUUAAUUGAAGCCUUUAUUUUGCAGCAACAGAAUUAAGAGAAGAAACCAUGACAAAGCAGCUUUUAAAUGACUAGCAGUACAGGAAAGGCAGAGAGGAGGAGACUGCACUUGUUACACCCACUUCAGGUUUUCAGAUAUCUCACUAUUAAUCAUACACGUUCCUCUUGGGUUCACUACUCACUUUGCUUUAACUGGAAACCUUUUUAAAAUGCACUGCAUCAUGAACCUCAAUGAAAAAACCUAAAAACCUGUGACCUCUGCCAGAAAACCAGGAAUGGGUCAUCAGUUGCUCUUUCCGCUGGAUAAUGAUCCAAAACAUAUGUCCAUAUUUACAUAGGUGGUUCACCGGACACAAAGCUAACCUUUCUCAGUCCCCAGAUAUAAAUCCUGUUAAACUCAUGGCAAGCUGAAGAGAGGAGAGCAGCAAAAAGGAUUGGAGAGGAAUCACCCCUCUCUCUGUUUGCUCCACUUUGGGAAAUCUUCAAGAAGAAGCGCUGUCCUGCUGGUAUUAGGGUGCAAAUAUUUAUAGCACCAGUAAUUUUAUUAAACCGUUAUUUCCCAAAUGUUGGAUGCUGAAAGAUUUUUUCUUCAUCUUUAGCAGAGAUUCUAAUCAGUGUGAAGGCUAAAUUACUCAUCACUGAUUAGCUUAUUUAAAUUUCUUAACUUUUUUUAUUAUUACAUGCUAAUCAGAACAGUUUGACAUCAGCACCUGAGGAUCUGCAGCUUUCUAAUAUGGAAACUGUUUGAUGAUUCAUUGUCUCCUACGUUUAUUGUCAGGAGACAAUGAAUAAACCACCUUAUGUUUUCUGUCUGCACAUCUAUUCACUGAUGAAGCAGCAGCAGCAGCUGCGUUAACUCGGUGAGGAGUCUGCCUCGAGGUGCCACAGUUCGGACUCGCAUUAACUCACCAACGUCUGUCUGAAACCAUCAGCCUGUUGCCAGACAUGAGUCUGCACCUUAUCUUCUCCCCUCUGUUGUCCACUCUAAAACCGACUCCCUGCUCUUCCCGCCUACAGGAGCUCUCAGAUCGUUUGCUGCUUUUCUAUAUCUUUUUUUUCCCGUUUCUCCUUUUUGCUUUCAUCUCUCUAAUCUCACUCUCAAAUCCAACAAUUUCACACUCUUUCCCUGCUCUCUCUCUCCUAUGUGGGCGUUAAGUGAGGAACUGCACAAUGGCUCUCUGAAAGGUACAAAAGAAGGCCGCUAAUGGGCUUCUUGGUGGGAUUUGUCUCAGGUUUUGUUUUUUUUUUUUCACCAUUUGCUUUGACUUUUUUCCAUUAUGAUGAACCUUUGUCAUAAUUUUAUUUCACUAAUUACCUUGACUUGCAGAAAUCUUAAUUUCAUGUGACAGACUAACACAAGCUAGUGCGUCAUUGUAAUGUGGAAGGAAGAUUACAAUUUAUUAUAUCUUUCCUUUUCCAAGUACAAUGUCAUUUACAAAAAUGAUAAACAUGUUUUUAUUGUUUUUUAAAAACUAAAUACUGCUGUCUCAGUACUUUUCUACCAGCUUUGAAAACUUAUAGAAUAAAAUGUUUGCCCUUUCUUCUUUGCAGUCUUGCUAAAACUCAGUUAGAUUGGAUGAAAAGCCUCUUUGACCUGCAAUUUGUAAUUCAUUCCUCCAUUCUACAUUUGAUUUUAGGCUUUUACUAGGCCACAGAGUAUAAUUGGUAUAAACUCUCAUUUCUGAACUUCCCUGUGAUUUCUGAAGAAAAGCAUUCCCACAGCAUAAUGCUGCUACCUGACAGUAAUAACUAGCUUAAGCAGAUACAACAGAACAAGACAAUUUUUUUUAUACAAUUAGACGAUUACUUGUCAUAAUAAUUGAUAGACUAUUCGAUUACUGAAAUAGUAAUCUACAACAGCCCUAGUGCCACCAUAGGUUUCCUCUAUCUAAUAAUUAGGCAACAU